AUGGUCGACUGUUGGUUGAAGAUUUUGAAAUGUGUACGUUUUGCUGCUGCUGCUGCAAUUGUUCUUUCAUUACCUGAUUUUCUUUUUGAAGUUUAUCAAUCUGAAUUUGUUAUUGAUUCACUUGUUCGUUCAUCAUAUGAUCCAGCCUAUAGACAUUCUAUAUCUGCUGAUGAACAUAAACUUUUUCGCUUUGUAUAUCUUUUAUUGACAUGUUCAUCAAAAUCACCUCUUUCUAGUCCUGUUUAUUUGCACAAUAGACAUUUAACAGGAAGAUUAUAA